GAUGCAAAGCUUCUACAGGACUAUUUGAAUAAAUUCUAUGCUGUUGAGCCAGAUCCAAAUCAGCUUGGAUGGAAAAUAAAUGCUGAAUCCACAGCUGAAAAACUAAAAAAAAUGCAACGAUUUUUUGGUUUGAAAGUGACUGGAAAACCAGAUACUGAGACAUUGGAAAUGAUGAAGAAACCCAGAUGUGGAGUUCCCGAUGUGGGUCUCUAUGGUGUUACUCUGCCAGGAUGGAAAAAAACCAAGCUGACAUACAGAAUUGUGAACCACACACCAGAUAUGAGCAAAGAGGAUGUGGAUAAAGCAAUCCAGAAGGCGUUUAAAGUCUGGAGCACUGUCACCCCACUGAUUUUCACUCGUAUUCAUGAGGGACUAGCAGAUAUAAUGAUUGCUUUUGGGACCAAAGCUCAUGGACGUUGCCCUCGUUAUUUUGAUGGCCCCCUUGGUGUCCUUGCUCACGCCUUUCCACCUGGCAAUGGUUUUGGUGGUGAUGUGCACUUUGAUGAGGAUGAAGAUUGGACCACAGGCUCAGCUGGGUUCAACUUGUUCCUCGUUGCUGCUCAUGAGUUUGGCCAUGCCCUGGGUCUCUCCCAUUCUAAUGACCAGAGGGCUUUGAUGUUUCCCAAUUACGCCUACAUCAUCCCCAGCGAAUUUCCCCUCUCUCCAGAUGAUAUAAGUGGCAUUCAGUCCAUUUAUGGAUCCCCACCAAAUGCCCCAGACAAAAGGCCAGCCCCCACUACCUCACCUAAAACCUGCGGCUCCCUGAUGUCCUUCGAUGCUACAACUACACUCCGACGAGAAGUCAUUUUUCUAAAGGGCAGGCACUUAUGGCGAGUCUAUCCUGAUAACUCAGAAGUUGAACUUGAAUUAAUUUCUACCUUCUGGCCAACUCUGCCACCUGGUAUUGAAGCUGCAUAUGAGAACACAAAAGAUCAGAUCCUAUUUUUCAAAGGCGAUAAAUUCUGGGUUAUCAGCGGAUAUCAGGUGAUGCUUGGUUAUCCAAAGAAUAUUAACACACUGGGCUUCCCUAAAGGUGUCAAGAAAAUUGAUGCAGUUGUUUGUAAUAAAAAUACAGGGAAAACAGACUUUUUUAUAGGUGACAAGUACUGGAGGUUUGAUGAAAACAGACAGUCUAUGGAGAAGGGUUAUCCUAGGCAGACAGUCAAUGACUUCCCAGGAAUUAGCCAGAGGAUAGAUGCUGUUUUCCAACAGAAAGGAUUAUUCUACUUCUUCCAUGGAUUGAAGCAGUGGGAGUUCGACCCUACUGCUAAAAAAGUUACCCGCAAAAUGAAGAGUAACAGCUGGUUUAAGUGUUAA